ACCCCCACUCCCUUCCAGAAUAAGCCGGGCUGUUUUUUGGUAAAUAACGAGCUGUCACUUCUUCGCUUGAAACUUUCCAGGCUCCACCACCUUGGCCAACCCUCCUAAAGGAUGCUGGAGGCUGGGACGUUCCUACCGGGCAGCAAACUGCCUUUCGCAUCCUAGAGCGAGCUCUCCCCACCUCCUGCAUCCUCUGAAUCCCACAGCCCUUUGGGCUGGCCUGUGGUUUCUGUGGACUAACGAAUCUCUCUGCCGGGUCAGGAGCCUUGGCCAGUUAUGGUGAGGUGGUUUCAUCCCAACAUCAGCGGAAUUGAGGCGGAGAAGUUGCUCCUGACCAGGGGUGUCCAUGGCAGUUUUUUGGCCCGGCCCAGCAAGAGCAACCCUGGAGAUUUCACCCUCUCUGUCCGAAGAAACGAUGAGGUGACACACAUCAAGAUCCAGAACACGGGGGAUUACUACGACCUGUAUGGAGGGGAGAAGUUUGCCACGCUCGCCGAGCUGGUGCAGUACUACACGGAGCAGCAGGGGCUGCUGCGGGAGAAGAACAGCAACGUCAUCGAGCUCAAGUACCCCCUCAACUGCCAGGACCCCACCUCGGAGAGAUGGUACCAUGGGCACCUCACUGGCAAGGAGGCAGAGAAGCUUCUGACGGAGAAGGGGAAACCUGGCAGCUUUCUGGUGCGGGAGAGCCAGAGCAAACCUGGAGACUUCGUCUUGUCGGUGCUGACGAACGAGGAUAAGAUGGAGACUGGGGAUCGGAAACCUCACGUCACCCACGUGAUGAUCCACUACCAGCCAGAAGAAAAGUACGAUGUGGGGGGAGGAGAGAGGUUUGACACCCUCACGGACCUGGUGGAGCACUAUAAGAAGAACCCCAUGGUGGAGAAAUCUGGAGCGGUGGUUCACCUGAAGCAGCCAUUCAACGCCACACGCAUCAACGCCGCCAACAUUGAAAACAGAGUGAAGGAGCUGAACAAAAUGGCAGAUCACAGCGAGAAGGCCAAGCAAGGCUUCUGGGAAGAGUUUGAGAUGCUGCAGCAGCAGGAGUGCAAGCUCCUCUACCCCAGGAAGGAGGGACAGCGACCAGAGAAUAAGGCAAAGAAUCGCUACAAGAACAUCCUUCCCUUUGACACCACGCGCGUGGCCCUCCGAGACGCGGAUGAGAGCGUGCCUGGGUCGGACUACAUCAAUGCCAACUAUAUCAAGAGCAUCCCUGAAGAUGGAAGGAACUCGGAGCACUGCAAGGUCUAUAUAGCCACCCAGGGCUGCCUGCAGACAACGGUGAACGACUUCUGGGCCAUGGUGUACCAAGAGAACAGCCACGUCAUUGUCAUGACCACCAAGGAGGUGGAGCGGGGCAGGAACAAAUGUUUCCGUUACUGGCCAGACAAGGGUUGCACCAAGGAAUACGGGUGCAUUUGUGUGAGAAACGUGAGCGAACGUGAGGCCCAAGGCUACUACCUCCGGGAGCUGGAGAUCUCGCGGACGGACAGGGAUGAGCGCCCGAGGCUGGUGAAGCACUAUCAGUAUUUCAGCUGGCCAGACCACGGGGUGCCCAACGAGCCGGGAGGGGUGCUGAGCUUUCUGGACCAAGUGAAUCGGGCACAGCGAAGCAUUCCAGACACGGGGCCCAUCAUAGUGCACUGCAGUGCUGGAAUAGGACGCACAGGCACCAUCAUAGUGAUAGAUAUUCUGGUGGAUAUUAUUCACAGGCAAGGUCUGGACUGCGAUAUCGACAUCCCCAAGACGAUCCAGAUGGUGCGCAGGCAGCGGUCGGGCAUGGUGCAGACCGAGGCACAGUACAAGUUCGUUUACAUGGCUGUUCAGCAAUACAUCGAGGCCGAGCAGAAGAGGCUGGAAGAAGAACAGAGGAAUAAAAGGAAGGAGCGAGACUACUUGAAUAUCGGAUACGUUCCUAUGGAAAAAGGCAGAGCCAAAGGGCAGCCCCUGUCCCCGCGGACCCAGCCUGUGGCUGAUGAUGAGUCGGCUUCCGUCUACGAGAACCUGAACAUCAAAAGCCCAAAGGUUUCAGGGAUGAGUAACACCGGGCGAUAAAGGAGCAGGAGGUGAGCUGUGCAGCGGCUGUGCAGGAUUUACAGUGUUUACGUCCACCCUUUCCAAGUUCUGCAGUUGAGGAUGAGAUUUCAUUGUGUUGCCCGUCUUGCCUUCCCCGAGCACCUUGGAUUCAGCGAGGAAGAAAGAAAUCGACUGCAAGAAACAGAGUCCGCGCCUUAAGAACCUGCCCUGACCUAACUUAUUCAUGAGAGGAUCUUCCCCCAUUCUCCCCUGUGUCAGUAGGUUGAUAUUUAUGUGGAAGUGCCUCUGGACAUUCGUUAGGGCAUCAAGGCUCAGUAUCAAUAUUUUUCUUGGUUUUUUUUUAAUUUAAGAUUCUUAAUUUUUACACACAAAUUGUUAAGAAGGAGCGGAGGUGACUUUGCUUAGGAGCUUUCCCAGGGUUGCGUUUUGUAAAAUGUUAGUACACUGAUGUUUUCAUGAGGUCGAUCAUUUCUAAGCUAGAAGCGUUUUUAGGCUGAAUCCUGGAGUAACUUUGCUGCCUGCGAGGGUGAGGAAUGCAGAACGCUGCCCACACCGGGGAUUUGCACCUCCGUAGUUCUUCUCAUGCUUCCUUUUGGCUGUACCAGUUCUAGAUUUCUAUGCAACCCCACCAAAGGCACCGAGUAAUCCUCGUAGGACAGCAGAUGUGUGUGUGUGAGCCUGAUAACCGCUCCGCACCGGGGUUCUGUAGCAGAAUUGAGACAGAGAUUAACAUCUCCAUCUUGGUGCGGUUGUUGGGCUACAGGAAAUCCCACGCAGCUGAUGGGUGCUGAGGUGCUUUUAGCCAGCCCUAGUGAGUAACAGCCUCAUACCAAUCUAGGCUGGACUUUUUAGAGCCGGGCCCCUCUAAGCUCGCUGCAGCUCUGCCUUUACCUUGCUGCGUGGCUUCUUUUUUCACCCUGCAGCUCUAUGACGAGGCGCGUGUUGUGUCUGCUGAGUUGUAGGAGUGUUUGUGAGUUGACCAGUGCCGUGAAGAUGAGUGUGUUGCUGAGUAUUCCAGCUCUGAUCAGUCCUGACUUGUGACUGGUGGUGCUUCCCGCUGAUCCAGCCCUAAAGCCUGCGGUUAGUCCUGCCAAAGAAGCCCUUUCUGCAGGACUCUGGUGGCUGGAGGUGGGGUCUGUGGGGUCCCACUGCUGGUGCCUGAACCCCCCGAGCACCCCUGGGGCUGGAUGGACUCGCCGCCCUUUGCACAGUCGGGUAUUAGUGCCUGGGGUGCUGGUUCCAAGCGCUGAGCAGAAGGGGCUGAACUAAAGCACAAUGACAUAUCUUGGCUGUAUUUCCUGGCUGGUCUGUCUGUCCCUUGUCGUGUGGACAGGAGGACUGUUUAUCUUUAUUGCACUUUUAAUAAACGUUGAAUAUUCUCAA